GCUCGCUCCCGCACGAUGCUCCUCGCCCGCUCCCUGCGCGCCGUGGCCGCCGCCGCGCUGCGCCCUCCGCUCCCCGCUCCGCGCCGGCCGCUCAGCUCCGCGUCCCCCCGCGCUCUGCUGCCGCCGCCCGGCGCCGCGCCCGCCCUGGCGCGCUCGCUGUGGCAGCUGGGCGGCGGCGCGGGGCGGACGGCGCUGCUGCGGCCGCGGCGGGGCUCGGCCGGCCGCGUGUCCUGCGGCUGCGGCGGUCUGCACACCGAGGGAGACAAAGCCUUUGCGCAGUUCCUGACGGAUGAGAUCAAUGAGGAGAAGAAGAUCCAGAAGCACAAGUCCCUGCCCAAGGUCUCUGGGGGCUGGGAGCUGGAGGUCCACGGCACGGAGGCCAAGCUGGUGCGGAAAAUCGCGGGGGAAAAGAUAACGGUUACAUUCAACAUCAAUAACAGCAUUCCACCCUCGGCUGAAGAAGACACACAGGAGCAGCAGAAACCUGAUGAGCAGGAGCCUGAACUUACAUCAACUCCAAACUUUGUUGUGGAAGUAAUAAAAGAUGAUACAAAACAGACCCUUGUGCUUGACUGCCAUUUCCCUGAAGAUGAGAUUGGACAUGAAGGAGAGGAAGAAAGUGAUAUUUUCACAAUUCGGGAGGUCAGCUUCCAGCCCACUGGAGAAGCCGACUGGAAGGACACCAACUACACCCUCAACACGGAUUCCCUUGACUGGGCUCUCUACGAUCACUUGAUGGAUUUCCUGGCUGACAGAGGAGUGGACAACACCUUUGCUGAUGAGUUAAUAGAGCUCAGCACUGCCCUGGAGCACCAGGAAUACAUUAAAUUCCUUGAAGACCUUAAAAGCUUUGUCAAAUGUCAGUAGGUCAGGCUAGAAAACUUACCCUCAAGUGUGGGUAUUCCACAGUGCUGCUUCAUCCAGCAAUACCCAAAUAUAUCUUCACAGUGGAUACAGAGUAAGUAAUUUGGAAGGUGGAGAAUGGGAGAAGGAGGAUUCCCACUUGGAUCUGGGGAUGUGAAGUGAUGGUGCAGCCCCAGAAAAGUUCUCUGAUGCUACAGGCCAGAAUUGCCUCACCCUGCACAGGGGUUUUUGUACAAUUAAGAGUGAAUGUGAAGAAUAAAAACUGUUCAACAUAUCACUGAAAA